CCACAAAGACAUUACCAAAAGACAGAACCAAAGCUUCGAAAAUCAGACAAUUCAACUAAACGAAAAGAUGUCAGUAGCUUCACCGAUUCAAUGUAUCAGGAUUCUAAAUCCAUCAUCUUCCUCUUCUUCAUCUUCUUCAACAGCUUCGUCGUCUUUUAGAUUCUCAUCGACGACUAAGCCAUGUGUAUUCAUCAUCAGAUGUUCUCAGACAGAAGGUCCUUUAAGAAGGCCCUCGGCUCCUCCAACUCUCCGGGAGCCGCAAAAACCUGUUCCUCCAUCGCAGCCCUCUUCCGCUCCUCCUCCUCCUCCCCCGCCGCAGAAAGCUGUGGCUGUUGAUGGGAAGAGUGUAACUACGGUGGAGUUUCAGAGACAGAAGGCUAAAGAGCUUCAAGAGUACUUUAAACAGAAGAAGCUUGAAGCUGCUGGUCAAGGUCCUUUUUUUGGUUUCCAACCCAAAAAUGAGAUCUCCAAUGGAAGGUGGGCGAUGUUUGGUUUCGCAGUUGGAAUGCUCACAGAGUAUGCAACAGGAUCAGACCUUGUUGAUCAAGUUAAGAUCCUUCUCUCGAAUUUCGGCAUUGUAGACUUGGAAUAAUAAGAGUGUUGUUAUAUAUAGACAGACCCUUUUCUCUCUUGUCUCCUAUUCCUCUUCUUGUUUAUUGUUCUUCCUGUAUAUGUAUCUCUAAGAUUUUUAAAUACAGGGCCAUUUGUGUAUCCAAUCACUUUAUCUUCAAAUGGUAUAAAUACGAUCUUGUAUCGAUUCUAGAA